GAUUUUAAUUUAAUACAGAUAAUUUACAAUGUUACUAUGGUCUCUACCUAUUUUAAUUUUCACUGGGUACUUUACAAAAUGGUUACUAUUGCCUGCAGAUUUGCAAUGCCGUUGCUUUGGCAUCUUUACUUAAUGCAACUCUGGUUCUCCCCAAGUUUCUUUACAGCAAUCCAGUUUGGUGACAUAUACCAAGAGGAUUAUUUUAUAAAUACGUUGAAGGAAGAAGUGGAUAUUGUAAAGGAGCUUCCUCCUCAUUUGAAGUCAAUAGAUUUUGAAGCCAUUGGGAGCCUAAUAACUGAUUCAGAUAUUGAGAAGGAGGCAAAGCCUACUGAUUACCUCAGAAUUGUGCUUCCUCUCCUGCUGCGCAAUGGCGUUGUUCACUUCCUUGGAUUUGGAAACCGACUCGGUUUUGAUCCAUUGCCUUCUAACCUUCAGCAAGUUGGUUCAUUACUGGUCAAAAGGAUAAGGAAAAAUGGUGCUAGACAAAGUAUGCUUGAUAAACAAUUGCUUGGAGACUUCAUGGCUAACAUUUCUUCCAAAGAUGAAGAUGCUGCCAGAGGCCCAUAUAGAUAUCUUGCCUUACACUUAAGAUUUGAAGUGGAUAUGGUGGCAUAUUCCAUGUGUGAUUUUGGUGGUGGAGAAUAUGAGAAAAAGGAACUUAAAGCCUACAGAGAGACCCAUUUCCCACUGCUGAUUGAGCGGUUGAAGAACUCAAAGCCUAUUUCUCCAGCAGAACUGAGAAAGUUGGGGAGAUGCCCCAUGACACCAGAAGAAGCUGCAGUUGUUCUUGCUUCCUUUGGUUUUAAGCGUGGAACUUACAUCUAUCUUGCUGGAUCUCAGAUAUAUGGAGGAAAUUCCAGGAUGCAUCCCUUCACCAGUCUCUACCCCAAUCUGGUCACCAAGGAAACUCUCCUUACACCUAGUGAACUCGCACCUUUUAGGAAUUUUUCUUCUCAGCUAGCAGCGUUGGACUUCAUCGUCUGUGCAACUUCAGAUGUCUUUGCCAUGACAGAUUCCGGGAGCCAAUUAUCAUCCUUGGUGUCUGGAUAUCGGACAUACUAUGGUGGUGGCCAUGCACCAACCUUGCGUCCUAACAAGGGGAGGCUAGCAGCAAUUUUGUCAGAGAAUAGCACCAUAGCAUGGAAAAGUUUUGAAGACAGAGUUAGAAAAAUGAUUGAGGAAGGUCAAAGGGUGCAUGUGAGGGGUCGUGGUCGAAGCAUUUAUCGACAACCAAGGUCCCCAGAGUGCAUGUGUAAAUCUCAAUAGGUUGUUCUCUUUGAUUUUUCAUCCAUUUCAAAAUCAAAUUGUCUUCAAUUCUCCAUUUGCUAGAGCUGGUACUUUGGAGACAAAGUCUUCAGCAGUGGCGGGAGUCGUAAGGUUUCUCUUCUCUUUUCUUGUCCUUAUAUUGUUUCUAUUUUUUGUGUAUAUGAUUAGGCAAUCUCUUCCCAUGGCAACUUACAUUUUGAUUUCAAAUAAAAUGCAAUUCAUUCU